UCAGCCUUGCAGAAGGGAUGGAGUGGGGCUGCACUUUUGCUUUCACAUGCCCUGAGCUCUCCUGGAGAUUAACUGCUCUGUUCCUUGGCUGUGAACCAAGUGUCUACCUGCACUAGGACACUAAAUGAGAAUAUGGCCAAUAGCAUUGAAGAUCUUAUUGGGAUCCCCUUCCCAAACCACAGCAGCGAGGUCCUGUGUGGUUUGAACGAGCAGAGGCACGACGGGCUCCUCUGCGAUGUCAUCCUCAUCGUCCAGGACCAGGAGUACCGCACCCACCGCUCCGUCCUGGCUGCCUGCAGCAAGUACUUCAAAAAACUCUUCACUACUGGCACUUUAACAGACCAGCCCUACGUUUACGAGAUUGACUUCGUCAAGCCUGAAGCACUUUCUGCCAUCCUCGAGUUUGCCUACACCUCAACCCUCACCAUCACCACCUCAAACGUCAAGCACAUCCUGAGCGCCGCCAAGAUGCUGGAGAUCCAGAGCAUCAUCAAUGUAUGCCUUGAAAUCAUGGAGCCUGACAGAGAGGCCGAGGAGGAAGAUGACAAAGAGGAUGACGAUGACGAUGAAGAUGAAGAUGAAGAUGAGGAAGAAGAGGAGGAGGAGGAAGUGGAAGAUUUUGUCAAUCAGGAGAACCUAGCUGAUGUACAAGAAGUAAGCUGCCACCAAAGCCCUUCUGAAUCCGAUCUCACCGAAGAAGCUUACACAGAAGCGCCUAAAGAUUUUCCAAAUCACUUCCCAGCCAGUAACUCCUCUGGACACUUGGGCAUGAUACGAGACUUCUCCAUAGAGUCCUUGCUGAGUGAAAACUUGUACCCUAAGGCAAACAUCCCAGAAAGGAGGCCAGCUCUGUCUCCUUUUGCCCCCAGCUUCUUCCCUCAUCUGUGGAACGGUGACUUUAACUCUUUCUCCCAGCUUGAGGAGCCACAAGUAGACAACGGCCCUUUAGACCUGGUGAUCAAAAAGAGGAAGAUCAAGGAAGAGGAAGAGAAGGAAGACCUGCCUCCGCCUCCUUUCCCUAAUGACUUCUUCAAGGACAUGUUUGCCAACACCCCAGCAGCUCCCUUAGGGCAUAUUAAGGCAGAGACUGACUACAGCGCUUAUCUCAAUUUCUUAAGUGCUACCCAGUUCGGAGGAGUUUUUCCCCCAUGGCCUCUGGAGGAAGAGAGGAAAAUAAAGCCCAAGGCAUCCCAGCAGUGUCCCAUCUGUAACAAAGUCAUCAUGGGAGCCGGGAAGCUGCCCAGGCACAUGAGAACCCACACAGGGGAGAAGCCCUAUAUGUGCAAUAUAUGUGAAGUUCGCUUUACCAGGCAGGACAAGCUCAAAAUCCACAUGCGGAAGCACACGGGGGAGCGGCCGUACCUGUGCAUCCACUGCAACGCCAAAUUCGUGCACAACUAUGACCUGAAGAACCACAUGCGCAUCCACACGGGCAUCCGGCCCUACCAGUGCGAGUUCUGCUACAAGAGCUUCACCCGCUCCGACCACCUGCACCGCCACAUCAAGCGCCAGAGCUGCCGCAUCGCGCGGCCCCGGCGCGGCCGCAAGCCGGCGGCGUGGAGGGCGGCCGGUCUGCUCUUCACCCCCGGGGCUCCACCCGUGGAGAACAGCUUUGUGAUGCCGCCCACCCUGGAGGAGAUGAGCAGCCACCUCGGCAGCACGGCCAUGUGCCUUCCCGGCCCCAGCCCCAAACAUUUCCUGAGCGGGGCCAAGACGCCUUUCAGCCUGCAGGAGCUGGAGAGCCAAAUUAAGGAAACGCAGAUGAAGCUCUUGAGGCGGGCCCAGAUGGACAUGGAGAGGAACGCGGGCAUCUUCGCCUUCGCCCUGGGCCACAAUGAAAACCUCGCUGCCCAACCCUUCUUUCCUCUCCCUGACCCUUGGAACACAGGCUUCAGUGGCUUGGCGGGGCUUGGCCACGUGGCUCCCAUCUCAGAGGCCAGCAACUAA